UAUAAUCUAGUGGACGGGGCACUUCAACAACAACGAGUCAGCCACCUUGGUAGCCAACAGCCGAAACAUUUAACAGCCGAAACAUUUAAAUGUUAUAGGUACAUUGUUAGUCAACUAGCUGGCUUGAUAAGUUAGCCUAGCACUAUACUAGUCGCUCAUGCUAGCUAGCUAGCUAACAUCCCCGACCAUGAGCUCACUGAUGUAUUCCCCCCCUGCUAAAGAAGAGGUCUGCUGGACGGAGAAAGAGGGUAUGUGGCUGAACAUUGUCGUGAAAGAUGAGAAGGAAGAGGAGGAUGUCACAGUUAAAAAUGAAGUAGAGGGUGAGGAUGUUACAAUGAAAUUAGAGAAAUACGUUUCAGUGAAAGAAGAGGACGCGUUCAGAGUGAAAGAGGAGGAGGAUGUUACAGUAAAAGAAGAGGAGGAAGAGAAAGAGGAGGAUGCCGUUUUUGGAGUGAAGAAGGAGAAAGAGGGAGAGAUAACGGUCAUAUUGACAGAGGAGUCAGGAGAUCUGAUUACCACCAGAGAGAGACCAGACUUUCACUCUGACAGCAGAAAGAGGCCUUCAGAGGAACCAGACACAGAGACGCCCAAACCAGCGAGACGACACCACUGCUCCUACUGUGGAAAUAGUUUUACCCGAUUACUACACCUGAAAGCACAUGAGAGAAUACAUACAGGAGAAAAGCCCUUCCACUGUUCCCAGUGUGAAAAGAGUUUUAGGUGGUUAACGAGUCUGAAAAAGCAUGAGAGGACACACACACAAGAAAAGCUCUACCAAUGCUCCCUGUGUGGAAAGAGUUUUACCAAGUUAGGAGGCCUGACUAGGCAUGACAGGACACACACAGGAGGGGAUAAGACCUACCACUGCUCCCAGUGUGGAAAGAGAUUUAACCGGUUAAGGCAUCUGAAUAAGCAUGAAAUAAUACAUACACAGGAGGAGAAAACAUACCACUGCUCUCAUUGUGGAAAGACAUUUUCCCAGUCAGAGGACCUGAAAGCACAUGAGAGAAUAGAGAGACUGUGUUCUGACUUGUGUUUUUGACUGAGAAUUUGUGAUUUUGUUGGGACUGUCAGACUUAAGUUCACUUUGUGUAAUGUUAGUGCACAAUUUUUUUAUUGCGAUUAAUCCAUUGUCUGAAAGUGUUGAAACUACACUGAAAACAUCCAAAAUACAUACCAUAUACUGCUAAAAUCUACAAUGCCAUGUAAAAACAUGAUUACAUUUACAUUUUAGCAGACGCUCUUAUCCAGAGCGACUUACAGUAGUGAAUGCAUACAUUUCAUACAUUUUUAUUUUAUUUUUCCUUACUGGUUCCCCCCCCCCUGGCGUUGCAAACACCAUGCUCUACCAACUAAGCCACACGGGAAGAUGACAUUGAGGUUAAAUAAAGUGUGCUUUAACAAUGUAACAUAUUUUGACACGUCCACUGUGGGGCUCUGUAGAGUCGUCAUAUCCAUAACAACUACAGGUCAAACAGGGAAAUGGUUCACAUCGUUUUUCCACCAUUCAUUUUCCCAUAGGGCUGUGUUUUGUUUACGCUCACCGUGGUGUGACGUUUUGAUAACCAUGUAAAUCUCUCUAGGACAAGGUGACUGAGGACACAGUGUGUUGUGAAUUUAUUGUAAUGUUUUUAAAAUGGUAUAACUGCCUUUAUUUUAGCUGGACCCCAGGAAGAGUAGCUUCUGCCUUGGCAGGAACUAAUGGGGAUCCAUAAUAAACCCCAGGAAGAGGAGCUGCUGCCUUGGCAGGAACUAAUGGGGAUCCAUAAUAAACCCCAGGAAGAGUAGCUGCUGCCUAUAUUUGUCUCUCUUUACUCUCGGAUUCUAAAAUGCUAAUUAGCGUCAAAGUAGAUGACAUGCAAGACUACAAAUCCCUGCAUGUCAUCUCUAGCCGACACAUUUCACAGAACAGUUCACUGAAUUGUCCAUUGAAAUAAAUGUUGACAAUUUAAUCAUUGCUACAUUAAGGCCUGAUUGGUGGAGUGCUGCAGAGAUGGUUGUCCUUCUGGAAGGUUCUCCCAUCUCCACAGAGGAAAUCUGGAGCUCUGUCAGAGUGAACAUCAGGUUCUUGUUCACCUCCCUG